AUGCAAGGGGUGUGCGGCGCCAUGUACGACGGUUGGUCGUGCAGCUUAGAGCACUAUGUUGCUCUAUUUGGCGUGUUCUGCAAGAACGGGAAACUUGAGCAACCGCUCCUUGCUAUUGAAGCAAUGGGAGAGGGCGAUCUGACGGCCCCAACACAUUGCGCAUUCAUCACGCGCGUGUUCGAGAAAUACAACCAAUCACUGGAGAGCUUGGCGUUUUUGAUUGGCGACAAUUGCGCCACCAACCGAACAACUGCGACACGCCUCGAGGUCCCGCUGAUUGGCUGUGCAUCUCACCGCUUUAACUUGGCGGUGAACAAGUACCUGGAGGACUACACGGACGAGGUGAGCGCAGUGAGCGCGCUGAUGCAAGUGUUGCGCACCAUCAACAAUCGCGCUGCGUUGAAGGACCAGACGAAGCUGUCGCCGCUGCGCCCGAACGUGACCCGUUGGGCUCAACCUUCAAGAUGUUGCCUUUUCGAGGACCUACGGAUGUUCGACAGCGUCACCGUUGCACUCCAGUCCGACGACCUGUCACUCGCAGAUCUCGGCCCCACGGCAAGCAUCGUGCACUCUCCCAGCUUCGAGACGGCUGCUGUGAAGCGCAAGGCCAUUCGUCAUUUCGAGGUCUCAACAGCGCCAGCGGCCGUGGGAAGUAAGCGCAAGGAGAGGGACGAAAACGACGACGCGCAGAAGAAGAAGAACUUCGCGGCCGCCGUCCUGAAGACUAAGAAGAUGAGCGCAGCGCAGGGUGGGCUAUCGCUGUAUUCGGAACUGCUGAAGAGGAUGCCCCCUACGAGCAACCGCUGCGAGCGCCUGUUUUCUCAAGCCAAGUUGGUGAUCACGCCACAGCGGUGGUCGUUGUUGCCUGAGAAUUUGGAAAUGUUGAUGUUUUUACGUGCGAACAGGCACUACUGGGACAUCAACACGGUCAACGACGUCUCCAACUGA